AAUUAAAGGGGAAGUCGCGCGCUUCCAGCGAGCUCUCCUUUGAGGGUGAAGAUGGCGGCGCUGAUCCGGUCGGUGCUGAGGCCCGUUCCUCGCUGCCUCCUUCUCCGAGGGCCCGCUGCCUUCCCCGGCUCCCGGAGGGCCGUCUCUAACAGCGGCCCGGACUCUGCCUCGGCCUCGGGUUCGGCCCUGGCCGGGCCCAGGGAGCUGCCGCCCGGGUACGUGGACGCGGAGCAGCCGGAGGUCAACCUGUACGACCAGAACCCUGACUACCAUGGCUUCAGCUCCGACCCCGUGGUGGACGUGUGGAACAUGAGGCUGGCCUUUUUCUUCGGGAUCUCCCUGGCCAUCGUGGUGGGCUCUACCUUCGUCCACUACCUGCCAGACCAUGGGAUGAGGCAGUGGGCUCGCAGGGAAGCUGAGCGACGACUGAAACAGUACGAGGCCGAGGGGCUCCCACCCAUCAGCGAGAACUACUACCAUCCGAGCAAGAUCAUCCUGCCUCCCCCCUCGGGCUCACAGUGACCUGCCCGGGGGGGGGGGCGGGGAUGGGGAUGGGGGUUGGGGUUUGGGGUUUGGGGGUGUGUGGUAUUGUUCUCACAGAUACUUGCUGUCUACUCACCAAUAAAGUGUUCAGUAACGUCUACCUGC